AUGGCAAACGCAGGCCCCAAUACCAAUGGUUCUCAGUUCUUUAUCACAACAGUUCCAACUCCUCAUUUGGAUGGAAAACAUGUAGUGUUUGGCCAAGUAAUUAAGGGGAUGGGUGUGGCAAAGAUACUGGAAAAUGUGGAAGUGAAAGAUGAAAAACCUGAGAAAUUGUGCGUUAUUGCAGAAUGUGGAGAAUUGAAAGAAGGGGAUGAUUGGGGAAUAGUUCCAAAAGAUGGCUCUGGUGACUGUCAUCCAGAUUUCCCUGAAGAUGCAGAUAUAGAUUUAAAGGAUGUAGAUAAAAUUUUAUUAAUAGCGGAAGACUUAAAAAACAUUGGAAAUACUUUUUUCAAAUCCCAGAACUGGGAGAUGGCUGUUAAAAAAUACACAAAGGUUUUAAGAUACGUGGAGUGUUCGAAGUCUAUCACUGAGGAAGCCCAGGGAGCCAAGUUGCAGCCUGUCGCCUUAAGCUGUGUGCUGAAUAUUGAGGCUUGUAGACUGAAGAUGGCAAAUUGGCAAGGAGCGGUAGACAGUUGUUUGGAGGCUCUUGAAAUAGACCCAUCAAACACCAAAGCACUGUAUCGUAGAGCUCAAGGAUGUCAAGGAUUAAAAGAAUAUGACCAAGCACUGGCUGAUCUUAAGAAAGCUCAGGAGAUAGCACCAGAAGAUAAAGCAAUCCAGGCAGAGUUGCUGAAAGUCAAGCAGAAGAUAAAGGCACAAAAAGAGAAAGAGAAGGCAGCAUAUGCAAAAAUGUUUGCUUAAUAAGUAAUACUUUUGUUUAAAUGAGGGGGUUAUAUAAAGGCAAUA